AUGACCUCCAAACGGUCAGAAGAAUCUGUGAAGGAAAAGGUCGAAGAGGUCGAAGCAGCCAACCUUCAACCUUUGAACCUUCAGCUCGAUGCUGGUGAUGAGUAUACCAACUUUCGUCAAAAAUGGUGGCAGUUGUGGUUACCCAAGGACCCACCACCUCCAGCUCCCCCGUCUCUGGAGGAUGCAGCGCUGACGCCUUUUGCCAAUGCUUCCAUUUUCUCUCAGCUCACCUUCUCCUGGAUCACCGAUAUAAUGGUUCUCGGAUAUCAGCGCACCUUACAAGCAUCUGAUCUAUACAAAAUGGACCCAUCCCGAGAGUCGGCUGCCCUUGCCGGUAAACUUGAAGCAGCAUGGCAGCGGCGUGUUAAGGUAGCAGCCGAGUGGAAUGCACGACUUGAGAGUGGAGAAAUCAGCCCAUCUCUCUUAAAGCGUGCCAGCUGGGCCAUGCGUGCAAUUUCAAAGAAUGAUCAGAAACAAGGCGUGACUUGGUCUGAGCGAUAUGCAGCAUUCCAGAAUCAUUGGCGGGAGUCCGACGGGCGGAAAGAGGCCAGCCUUGCUUGGGCUUUGAAUGACGUCUUUCGUAACAUGUUCUGGAUUGGAGGUGUAUUCAAGGUCUUUGGUGAUACAGCACAGCUCAUGGGUCCUAUCGUCCUUCGGCAAAUCAUUGUCUUUGCGGAGGAGCGCUCCGCCGCGACCAAUGCAGGAACACCUGUCCCUAAUGUCGGUCGUGGUGUUGCCAUGGCUUUUGGGCUUUUUGGGCUUACCGUGACGGCCAGCGUGUGCACCCACCAGUUUUUUUGGCGUUCAAUGGCAACUGGCGUACUAGCUAGAGCCGCACUGAUAACAUGUAUUUACGAGCGUGGAGUGAACCUCACGGGCAAAGCCCGUGUCAAGCUCAACAACGCCACGCUUGUUAACCAUAUUUCUACUGACGUGAGCAGGGUUGACGCGUGUGCGCAGUGGUUUAUGACUUACUGUCCUCAAGCCUGGACCGCGCCUAUUCAGGUCAUAGUUUGUUUAAUCAUUCUUAUAACUGAGCUCGGGCCGUCUGCACUCGCUGGUUUCUCGCUAUUUGUCCUCAUGAUUCCAAUGCAACAGCGGCUAAUGGCACUGCAGCAUCGUCUUCGCUUAGUGUCAAUGAAAUGGACUGAUCAACGAGCCAAAGUUCUGCUAGAAGUACUCGGGGCUAUGCGGGUUGUCAAGUAUUUCUCAUAUGAGGUCCCUUUCCUUCAAAGAAUCUUUGAUCUUCGAAAGAGAGAAAUGAGUGGUAUCCGAUGGAUUCUUCAUCUAACUUCAGCGAACAUGGCGCUCGCGACUUCGAUGCCAGUCCUCGCUGCCACAUUAGCUUUCGUCACGUACACCCUUACAGCACACGACUUCAAUGUUGCUGUCAUAUUCAGUUCGCUGAGUUUGUUCCAGCUUCUCCGCCAACCAAUGAUGUUCAUGCCUCGUGCUCUAUCAGCUAUCCCCGAUGCAUCCAGCGCGAUUCAGCGGCUGGCGCACGUGUUCCGUGCAGAGCUUAUUUCCGAAGAUACACUCGUGAUUGACAAGGACCAAGAACUCGCGCUCCUGACCAAGGAUGCGACAUUUGAGUGGGAGUCAAGUGGGAAAGAUUCUGGUGAGGCUUUCGGCUCGAAGGGUGCACGCGGCGGCGGUCCACCGAGAGGCAAGGACAGGAGCAUGAAAGAAGACACGGCGAAGGAAAAACCCGCUCCUGGAAAGGAUGUACCUCUUUUUCAGGUAAAGAAUGUGACCAUGGCCAUUCCACGAGGUCAGCUCGUCGCCGUAGUUGGGCCUGUCGGAAGCGGCAAGUCCAGUUUAUUGCAAGGACUAAUAGGAGAGAUGAGGAAGGUUUCCGGGCAUGUCUCGUUUGGCGGUCGCGUUGGCUAUUGUCCGCAGACCGCGUGGAUUCAGAAUGCUACGUUGCGUGAUAAUAUCACUUUUGGCCAACCAUUCGAGGAAGACAGAUAUUGGCGCAUUAUUGAGACCGCUUGUCUACUUCCAGACCUCCAACUACUCCCAGAUGGUGAUCUGACUGAAAUCGGAGAAAAGGGAAUUAAUCUCAGCGGUGGCCAAAAGCAGAGAGUCAACAUUGCUCGUGCUCUGUACCUUGACCCUGAAAUUGUCAUAUUUGAUGACCCGCUCUCGGCAGUGGAUGCUCAUGUCGGAAAGUCCUUAUUCCAAGAUGCCAUCGUGGGUGCCCUGCGAAAUCGUGGCAUUACUGUCAUUCUGGUCACGCAUGCAAUUCACUUCCUCUCUCAAGUAGAUUAUAUCUACACCCUGAACAAUGGCGUCAUCACAGAGAGCGGAACUUACGAGGAACUGAUCUCUCGCGGUGGCGAUUUUGCGCGUUUGGACCUAGAGUUCGGUGGUCAUGCAUCGGAAGGUAAAGAUGAAGACCAAGCAGAGGAAGUCACUCCGCAGACAAGCAUUUCCAUUGAGGAAGUAAAGUUAAAGUCAGAAAGAGUCAGGGUAAAGGCCACCGGCAGUGGCAAACUUGAAGGUCGCUUGAUCGUCAAGGAGAAGCGGUCGACGGGCUCUGUAUCCCGCGGAGUGUACUGGACCUACUUGGUUGCGGGACGCGGUUCAAUAACAGGUCCCCUGAUUAUUCUCGUCAUGCUUGGGAUGCAGGGAAGUCUGAUCUUGAACUCGUACACACUAGUUUGGUGGGAGGCCAACAAAUUCGCCCGACCAAACUCAUUCUAUCAGACGCUGUACGGCUGCCUAGGGAUUGGUCAAGCGAUAUUCACAUUCUUUGUUGGUGCUGGAAUCGAUUUCAUUUCCUAUUAUGUUUCUCAAAGCUUGCACCACAAGUCCGUACGCAACAUCUUUCAUGCAUCCAUGUCCUUUUUCGACACUACACCUAUGGGCCGAAUCCUGAGCAUUUUUGGCAAGGAUAUCGACAGUAUUGACAAUCAACUACCACUUGCCCUUACGCUGUCCAGCGUGACUGGCUCUAUCAUCAUCGUUUCUAUCCUUGAACCGUACUUCAUUAUUGCUGUGUUCUUCAUCGCUGUCGGUUACGGCUACUUUGCUGCCUUUUAUCGAGCUAGUGCUCGUGAAGUCAAGCGCCUGGAUUCUAUGCUUCGCUCUUUUCUUUAUGCCCACUUUUCGGAGACCUUGACGGGACUUCCCACAAUCCGAAGCUACGGAGAAAUGAAGCGGUUUAUUGCCACCAAUAGAUACUACGUUGAUCUGGAGGAUAGAGCUCUAUUCCUCGUAGUUACGAACCAGAGAUGGCUUGCAAUAAGGUUGGACUUCAUGGGAGGCAUACUAGUCUUCCUUGUUGCUAUUCUCGCAGUUGUCAACGUCUCCGGGAUAAACGCCGCCCAGAUAGGGUUGGUACUGACGUAUACCACCUCGCUGUCACAAAUGUGUAGUCUGGUAACCAGACAAACAGCAGACGUUGAGAAUUACAUGAAUGCAGUGGAGCGAUUGGUACAGUAUGUCGCAGGUGAUACGAUACCUCAAGAGGCUCCGCAUGAGAUUGAAGCACGAAAGCCCCCGGCGCAAUGGCCUGAACAUGGUACGGUCGAGUUCAACGACGUUGAAAUGGCAUAUAGGCCGGGCCUUCCCAAUGUAUUGAGGGGCAUCUCGAUCAAGAUUAAGGGAGGCGAAAAGAUAGGUGUUGUUGGAAGGACUGGUGCUGGCAAAUCUUCGUUGAUGCUCGCACUGUUCCGAAUUGUUGAGGUGUCUGGUGGUUCAAUAACUAUUGAUGGUGUCGAUAUAUCUACAAUUGGUCUUAAAGAUCUCCGCUCCAAGAUUUCUAUUAUCCCACAAGAUCCUCUUCUAUUUAGCGGUACCAUACGCUCCAACCUAGAUCCAUUCUCCCAACACGGUGACGCGGAGCUAUGGGACGCGCUGCAUCGAUCUUGCCUGCUUGAUUCUACCACCUCGAAACGGUCAUCUUCCAGUAAUGACGCCGGAAACGAGCAGGCUCCCACCAGCCGCUACGACCUUGACAGCACCAUUGAGAGCGAGGGAGCGAACCUCAGUGUUGGAGAGAGAUCCCUGCUCAGUCUAGCUCGUGCGCUGGUGAAAGAUUGCAGAGUCGUUGUGCUUGAUGAGGCCACAGCUUCUGUCGAUCUCGAUACUGAUAGCAAGAUCCAGCAGACUAUCCAGACGGAAUUCCAGGAUCGCACGCUGCUUUGUAUUGCCCACCGACUUCGUACUAUCAUUUCAUAUGACCGGAUUCUGGUUCUUGACGCUGGCCUUGUUGCUGAAUUUGAUACACCAUCCAAUCUUUUCAACAUAGAGAGCGGACUUUUCCGUGGAAUGUGCGAGAGGAGUAAUAUUUCGUUGAAAGAUAUAGAGACAAGUAGACAGGCUUAA